AAUCCAAAGUUCAGUACAGAUUAAUUCUUAGCUUAAUUUACUUUGUACAUUAGUUUGAAGAAUUAUUAAGAUGAGAAGAAAGUGUAAUUUGGAGCUCAGACUUGUUCCUCCUGCCCCAUACUUCGACUCCACGGGAAAUAAAGAAAGCAUAGAUGAAGAGAAGGAACAACAGCAGCUAACAAUAUUCUAUGAUGGAAAAGUUGUGGUUUCUGAUGCUACUGAGGUACAGGCUAAAGCAAUAAUACAUCUUGCAAGUAGGGAAAUGAAGGAGAACACAAAAACACUAUCGUCACUUUCAGAGCCACCAUCACCAUUAUUACAAUCUCAAACUGAGGUUUCAAUGAAAAAAUCUCUACAAAGAUUUUUGCAGAAGAGAAAAAGUAGAACUCAAGCAAUUUCUCCAUAUCAUCAACAACAAAAAGAACAUAUCCAGUGA